AUGAACGCUCAGACUGAGAUCCAAAACCUCGACACCAAUCAACAAAACAUCAAUAGACUGAAUCGCAGAAUCCAACUCGAUCUGCUCAAUGAAUUCAAAAACUAUCAAUGGAUGGACGACUGGAUGCCCGCAUCUAUUCCAGCGAUGCCUACCCCUGAAGAUAAAGAGCUCCAGACUGAAAUGGGAGAGUGUCUCUCUGGUUUCCCAUACGCUCUCAUCCUUACCAGCAAGGCUACUGGUAAAAGAGUUUGGUUUUCUGUCUAUGAUGACGCACAAUAUCUUGUUCAGAAAGUUCUGACGUUUGCGGCGACUACAGAUGCUAAGUUUUGGGGCGUUGUGUUGGACGCUUAUCUUGACUGGGUCAGGAAUGGUCGUGCUAGUCUCUGGAACCCUGAUGUCUUCUUGCAGAAGAUUUCUCAGUACACUUACUUCAACUGGUCUGCUGCUCCCUGCUUUGACUUAACAAAUGAGACUGACUGGCCACCUGCUGCUCGUGGAUGGGCUGAUUUGUACUUGCAAGAGAUCCUUCGUCCCGAUGAUGAAGUCUGCUUCAGUGCCUUCCCUGAAUUUGCGAUCUCUGCCGAUGCUGCCGCAUCCUUUCUUCGACUCAAUGGGGCUUUGAUGAGUCCUGAAUACCACAAUCCCAGAAGUUUAAUGAGAGAGAUGCGCAAAGGUCGCUUCUUGUCUCUGGGUUUGCCCGCUGUCUCUUUCGCACAGGCUGUGUGUGGUCAAAUGAUUCCAUCCCUCCAUCGCGCUCAGGGCAUGAUCAUACCCGACAAAAUGGUCUAUUGGGCUCAAGACCUCGAUGAAAGGGUUUGUAAUGAGGUUAGUCAAGGUAUCCGCCCCUCUACUGAUUCUCUAGCUGCUUCUCUUGCGCUUCGCAGACUGGGUGAUCGAGUUAUCUGGGUUGAACAGUACAACUUUGGCGUUCGUCAUGGACUUGUUCCUCAGCCUGAUGUCCCUCUACCUGCUCUUCAACCUACUAACUACCUACCUGGUGCUCUUCAAGCUGCUCAGGAGCGACUUGUUGCUUUCUUUACUCUCAUUGCUUCUCGUCAUGUCAACUCGGAGGCUUUCCAACACAACAGAGCUAUCUCUGCACAAAUUGCUGCUAUGGGAUCCUAA